AUGCCCAAACGACGUGCGACAUCUCCCGCGCAGCAGACCUGUGCACAGUCCAAAUCCGCACGCCAGGCGGAGGAAACAGGAGAUGUCAAAAGUGGCACUGCUCAAACUUCACCAUCGUCGGCGAACGAUGACCAUGGUGAUAGAACCCCGACCCGAGGAACCGACGACGUUUCGAACUCUGACGGGUCUAAUUCUGUACCACAGACCAAGAACCUUGAAGAGUCUGUCAGGCCCUCGACUUUAUCGGCUCUCGCACCUGAAUUUCUACCGCGCUCUGCUUCGGACUCGGGAACAACGACUCCCAAGACCGAUGCGACUCCCAAAUUUGUCCAGGCAACCUUGCCAUUCACGAGUCAACCGAGCACCAAGUCCCAGUCGAGGCAGACAUCCAAAGGUUCUGAAAGUAAUUCACCCUCUAAAGCCACAAUUCGACCAGUCUUCAAGUCGGAGCCUAUCGAAGUGAAGGAUUCCGUCUUUCAAGCACGCCUCUUUUCACUCGAAUCCUUCGCUCAAGUCCCGAAAAUCAUAGCGCACAUGAGGCGGCAGUAUCCGGAUUUUCAGCACCACAUGGCUGGGUGGCGGCUCCUUGCGCUCAAACCCGGAAUGACAGGCCUCGAAGGCGAGGAUGCAUUUGAAGUUCGACAGGGAUGGGACGACGAUGGAGAAAAACGAGGAGGAAAGGCGGUGGUGGACGUAAUCGAAAAGACAGGUCUGUGCGAUGUGGUCGUUGUGGUUAGUCGGCGAUUCGGCGGAACUCUCCUUGGACCUGCACGUUUCUCGCACAUUGCGGACUGUACACGCGCAGUAUGCACCGCCAUGUACGAACGGGAAAGGGCCGCAGAGCGCGCAUCUCGAGUCGCAGACCUUGUAGCUCAGCUAUGUGAAUGGGAUACAGAAGUGGCUGAAUUAAGGUUAGAGAUCGCUGCACUGACCAAGGUCGAGACCAGAUCCGGAGAAGUGGGAGAGAAAGAGAAGCAGCCUACCAUCUCGGUCUCGUUCAAGCCUCCGGACUAUAAAAAUGUAUUAAAUCCCCCGGACGUUGAAAAAGCCGAACGCCUUUUACAAGCGAGACAAAAGACCGUGCAAAGUCUAAAGGCUGUGCUUGAGAAGAAGGGAAAAUCGGGUGCAGAGGAGACGCCCACGCCAUCAUCGUAG